AUAAAUAUGUGCUACUUCGAUAGGGAAUUCAUCGUACAAUCGAGGAACUUGCUUGAUGCGGUAUACGAUUUCUGCUGGAAUGUUAUUCAGAGCUUAAUGCUUGGCGUUCAAGACUCCAUGUUUCUAUGUUUAGUAACUUGUUUGGAGCUCACAUUAUUAUAUACGUAAAUUUGGUGGAUGGAUGACUUGAUUUGAGAGCAUGCGAUGUGGCAUGUUGCAUGAAAACCGCGAUCUUUACUCACGGAAGUGCUAAAACGCCUGGCCAGGUGAAAAGUUUCCUGUUUUCAUGACGCACAAAAAACUUCAGUAUUAAACUACACUCAGAGAGAUGAGUUUCUUUGUACGAAUAGCAAAGCACUUUUUGCUUUGUGUUAGUCAUCCUGACCAAGUGUGGCCCGGCAAGAGGGCGUAUCUGUGCUACGUCCGCUCUCUACUCCUGUUGGGGGUAAGAAUGUGCAUCACUAUUAGUACAAAAGAACUCGUUUAUUUUUUUGAGUUGAAGAUAUUCAAUUCCAAGAUGGCGGCUUAUGGAACAUUGGUUCAACGCCCAGUACAUGUGAUCAUUAUUAAUCAAGGGGCUCUAGGUCCUUUAUAAAUAACUCUUAAAUUUAAUUUGAUCUUCUUGCUGGGAAACGUUUGCUUAUUUGUUUCAUAAAUAGUUCAUGUUCCCUAAAUAUUGAUCAAGAAAUGGGUGAGUUUCUCUGGCCAAGAGUGGUGGCGCUAAGGGACUAACACUUUCCCUGGUACCGGAGAAGUGCGACAAUAUUUAUUUGGUCGUAUUUGCCAUGUAAGAGACUUCUUAGAAACCAGAGAGAGAUUGAAAAAAAAAUUAAUUAAUUAAUCUCUAAGUAAGAGAUUAUUUAGAAACCAGUUUGUUCCGAAUUUCCCGGUAUACUCCAAGAUUUCAUUCAAUAGCUUAUCUAUGUUAAUGCUGGUUUCCAUGACUUACUGGAUUGACUGUGGGUUUUAGUAAGGAAGGUCUACAAAAUCUUUCAGGUUUGGCAUCCAAUGCACGCGUCUUAACAUGUCGAUGAUUAUUUUUCGAUAUUAAUCGUCUCGACUCGUUUGUCAUUGCAGGAAAUUUUACUCUCGAAAUUAGUUUGUGGUCAUGCACUGUUUUUAUAUUAGUUAAGAAGAUUUUUGCGUAAAUGAAGAAACUUUAAUUGGCAUCGGGUUUCUCACGUGCGACCGAAGUAGCAAUUAAUUAUUUCCUUAGAAUCAAGUGCAUGUUACCGACAAAUCAACUGCAUUUUAAUGACGGAUUUUCGUACCGGUAUUAUUGUGUUUGGUCGAUCGCUCGUAUUGAACAUUCAACUUGGCAACAACUGAAAACAUGGCAAUGAUGUCCGUGGGAAAGUUUGUGCGAACAUUUUCACGGACCUAGAGUUUGUUGCGACAAUCAGCGAAGUCUUAGUACUCCGAGUAGUGAGUGAGUUUGGGAAUGAUACCCAAGUUUAGUUUUGUGAUUGCAGGCAUGAAAAAUAUAGUAAUGACCAUAAGGCCUCACAUGACAAUUAACUAAGAAAUGUUUUCAUAACUUUUUCGGUCUCACUGUUAUGUUUAGGAUAUGCCAAGCCUCAGUCCCAGAGCUUUUAAAUGAAAAAUUGUCAGCCUCUUGACAGCAGUAGUGACAUGAGUAACGUUUCCGUCAGUUGUGAACAAAGAUGUCGGUUCGCGCUGCAGGUUUCAUCAUUUACCGUAAAGUUUUCGGUUGUGUAGAGUAUCUCUUCAUGCAAGCGUCUUAUGCAGGCAAACACUGGACCCCGCCGAAAGGUCACGUUGAUGCAGGCGAGGACGACUUGCAGACCGCCAUCAGAGAGACUCAGGAGGAAGCAGGUCUCGAGAACGAGACGCACUACAUCAUCGACAUGAACUUCCGCAGGGAAUUACAGUACAUGGUCAAGGACCGCCCCAAGACCGUCAUGUACUGGCUGGCCGAGUUACGGGCUGGACUCGAUGACCCCGUACGUCUGUCUGAGGAGCACGUCGCACACCGCUGGUUGCCGCUACAGGAGGCCGUGGCGCUGCAGGGCUUUCAGGAGAUGACCAGGCUACUGCAGGAAUGUGAGCGCUACAUCCAGGAUAAGGAGUAAUCCUUAAGAGUGUUGAGAUAAGAAACAAUCCUUACGAGUGUUGAGAUAAGAAACAAUCCUUAUGAGUGUUAGGAUAAGAAACAAUCCUUAUGAGUGUUGAGAUAAGAAACUAUCCUUACGAGUGUUGGGAUAAGAAAAAAAUCCUAUGACUAAGAGUGAUGAACACUUGUGUACUUGUGUUCAGUCGAGGACUUGAGCUUUAAUGCGAUAAAUGAAACUGUAGUCCAAACAGUCCCAGAUUAUCAUCUAUCAGAGUAAGCGGCAUAAAGAUGAAAGUAACAAAGUGCAAAAUAAUUUCGAAUAAGCGGCGGUGAGGUU